AUGGCCGCACCACCGUCCACUUUUGAUGCGCCCGAGUUUCGGCGGAGUCGGUUGCUGGGCAAGCCCAAGGACACAUUGACUUCGCCAGACGCCAGUCCAGGGGCCAAUGAGUCGCGGGACACACCGGCGGCUAAACGCGCCAAAGUGUCGUCCACACCUGAUCGAUCCGGCAAACUUGCGUCCCCCGCCAGCACUGUGCGUGGCGCUUCUGACUCGACCAAGGCCGCGGCGAAGAGCAAGAUUAGCAAUGCUGGUGCAACCAAUGUUAAAGCCAACUCCAAGUCAAGGGAGGAUUUCAAGUCCCCGGCGUCGCUCAAGGCGGUUGGGGAGGACCCUAAAACGGCAAAGCCGAGUCAUUCCAACGCCCGUGGGCCUCUCAUCAACGUCAAAUCGGAGGUCUAUCGGAAUGAUCCUGCUGCAGACCCACGCAUUGCCAAUCGGCCCCGGCCCCAGCCCAAGCUCAAGCCCAAACCCCCGCCGUUGCAAGAGAACCACGGCCCCGAUCCGACACGAAUCAAGGGAUCAGACGUGUCGCCUCGAGCGUCACCAAAGCCGCAAGCAGUGACUGGUGCAGCGCGGGAUAGCAGCUCUCGGGGCGAUAGCAAGCACUCGGGGACUCGAUCUCCACCCAUAGAGACGCAGCAGGUCCUAACCGGUCCACCCCGCGUGCGUCGGGUUAUCCUGAAGCGAAAGCACGGCGAAACGCUGGCCUCGUCUGGUGCCCAAGGCACCUCCGUGCUUGCCGCAGCUGCCGGUCAGCCCGCAGAACAUUCAAGUCAUCUUGAGCCUGCCCGGGCUGGAUCUGCCGCUGUCACCACCAAGGCGGUCCAUGAGCCCAAACGCCGCUGGGCGGUGGGUCCGGUCAGGCUUGAAACGCUCAGUGGACCUUUGCAAGUCAACAUGUGGCGACCGGGUCUGCAAGAAGCGAGGGAGAGUGUAUGGUCUUUUGCUCGCAUUUCGAACCUGGGCUCAUCUCAUGAGGCACUCUUACGAUUAGGACCCCAUUGCUAUCGCCCGGCCCGCGUGACUUUCAAGGAGCUGGAUGCGGAAGCCCUUCGACAGGCACUGCCUUCAUCCGACGACAAGGAACAGAAGGAGCUCAUGGCCCACCUUGCGGCUUUAGAGCGCAUGAAGGAACUUUUGGACACACACUUUGAGGUGGCUUCAGGCAAUCGCUCUGCUGAUGUAGGGGGGUCUAACGCCGGCAAGAAGACCCACCCAAGUCAUCAAAGAUCAGACGAUGAGGGCGAUGAUGACGAUGCAAGUGCGCGGCAAACCAGUACCGCAUCCACGCCCAGGAAGCGGCCAGAGCCUCAACCUCGGUCUGGCGCUGACAUGACAGUACCGGUCAAAAAAAAACUCGAGCUGGACGCAACAGACGCUCGCACCGAGACGCAACCGAGCAAGCCGAGUGCACCAAAGUCCCCAACCUCGACAGCAAAGUCAAAAGCCAAGGCGGAGGGCAAGCCCGAUCCCAAGCCCAAGAUUGAGGUGAAGACUGAUGUCAAAUCAAAGCCCAAGUCUGAGGCCAAUCCCAAGGUCAAGCCUGAGGCCAAGUCUUCGGCCAAAUCCGAGGUUAAGCCCGAGGCCAAGCUCGAGGCUAAACCUGAGAUCAAGUCUUUGGCCAAGUCUUCGGCCAAGUCUUCGACCAAGGCCGAGGUCAAAGCAAAAGCCAAGGUCGUGCCGGAGAGGUCGACAAUCUCAGCGGCCACUCCACCCAAGCAGGCUCGCUCUGAACUCAAGCCCAAGCCGUCAACGCUCGGGGCGAGCGCUGGCACAAGUGCUGUACCCCGCAUGAAGAAUCGGAGCUCGCUUCUCAAAUCACCGCCCGGCUCUUCUUCCAAUGGCACCACCACCAGCAAACUUCCGGAUGCGGUGUCUAAGCUCCUCAAGUAG